AUGGGGCGACUUAGGCGUCUGGUCCUCUCUGAGGGGAGAAAGUUAUACAAGCCGUCACGCCUCUCCCGCGCCCCGCCGGAGAGGACGGUUUCCUGGUCUCUGUGGGGUCCUCAGCUCCGGCUGAUCUUUCCCUGCAGCGUGGUGGAGCUAGAGACAGAGCUAAUCCCCAGGAAGAGGAAGGAGGCCCCGAACUCGGCCCUGGCGACAGAGCUGGGUAGGCGUCCGUGGGAUCUUGAGGACAUGCAGCACAAGGACAAGAAAGCUUGCUUAUCUACCAUUUUAUUUGCUGAAACUUGUGAAGUAACUCAUAGACAACUGUGUGAGUUGCUGAAGUAUGCAGUUCUGGGUAAAUCCACUAUCCCUAAACCCAGCUGGUGCCAGCUUUUACACCAAAAUCACCUAAACAAUGUGGGUUUUAUUCUGAAGGGAAUAAGUCAGUUAUACUUCUACAAGUUCUAUUUGGAAUUCAGAUUUCUCCAAAAGACAUUCAAACAUAAAUUCAGCUUGCCUCCUCCAACAUCUGAUUUUCUAUUUGAUAUCAUUGGGCUGCAAAAGAAGAAAUCAACUAGAGGUUUUCCUAGGACUAGUGAAGGACCUUUAAUGUCUGCCAUUUUAAAAUCCAGCACCUACCUGCAGAAGGACUCCAUCAUUCAAAAGUAUUGCUGUGAGAAAGUGGACUUGACUAGAUGCCUUCUGACAAAAGAAGAAAUGAAAACAAUUCAUUUUCCACUAGAAGGUUUAGUCUCCUGUGAAAACUCUAUCCUUACCAAGUGUGAUGGUUCCAUAACAGAUAGUAGUCCCCUCUUUGGACUUGACUGUGAAAUGUGCCUUAUAUCCAAGGGGAGAGAACUAACACGAAUCUCACUAGUUGCUGAAGGAGGCAUUAUGGAUGAACUGAUCAAACCUGACUUCAAGAAUCUGUACUACCUUACUAGUUUUUCAGGAAUCACGAAGAUUCUUAACCCGGUGACAACCAAACUCAAAGAUGUACAGCAGCUGUUAAGAAAACUGCUUCCUCCUGAUGCGUUAGUGGGCCAUUCCCUAGACUUGGAUCUCAGAGUAUUAAAAAUGAUAAAUCCAUAUGUUAUUGAUAAUUCAUUGCUUUAUACCAGAAAGCAGGGCAGAAGAUUUAAGCUACAAUUCUUAGCCAAACUUAUUUUGGGGAGGGACCAGCUUGUGCCUGAGGCAGUGGCAGAGAAUAUCACCUCAAAUUCUGUACAAAACCUUAAAAUGAUUUUUUACAACUUUAUCUUCUUACAGAUUGCAGAGCUCAAUCUGGAGACAUUAGCUAAUCAUGAAGAACUGAAAGCAGCUGGUCAAGAACCAGGAGACAAGGGAGGACCUGAGUGCCCAAGUAUGAGUGUUUUAGAAUGCCUGGAUUCAAUGGGUCAGAAACUCUUUUUCUUGACCUGGGAUAUAGAUGAACUUUCUUCUUCUAGAAACUGUCAAAUUAUUAGGUACUCUACAAAUUAAAAAGAUGAAUGACCUAUUGUGCUUGAGCAAGCCAGAGUGGAAGUCCCUUUGUUCCCCUUCAACAUCGUACAGUUCUCUUUUAAGCCCUUUUCACCUAUCGUUGCUGAGGAGAUGAAGAAAAGAGUAAGUAGAUGGGUUCUGCUGAACUCUUGUACCACUAAUAUAUCAUCUUUUCUUGGUCAGAUACACAGGCCUGUGACAGAAUUCACCCUUGAGUGUGAUACCCUUGUGCAUGAGCUAGAGCAAAAUUCUGAGAACCAAGGCACUAUCUAUGUCACUGUGUUAGAUGAGACUUUUAAAGAACACCUGUUGGAGCAGUCCAGCCUCUUUCCUGGCAUAGAAGCUAUGAUCCUACCUAAAGAUGUUAAAAACAGAAAGCAAAAAAACUACUGUUUCUUAAAGUUCAAAACUCGUGACAGUGCCCAGGUAGCUCUUGAAAUUUUCAAAGGCAAAGACUGGAAGUUGAAAGGCAGACAUGACCUAACCCCCAGGCACCUCUAGGCAUGGCUUAAGGACAUACAUCCUGAACCAGCAGUGCCUUCAGGAUUUCAGAUAGUACCCACUCUCUUGGAGAAGCAUGUCUUCCAGACUCUAAAGGAGGACCAUCCAAAGACAGUAGCUUGGCACUGUAACCAGAGGAUUAAAAGGCUCUACCACAGCCUGAGCCCAGGCACCCUCUGCCUCAUCCUGCUGCCAGGAACCAAAAAUACUUUUGGAUCACACCCUGGCCUAGGACUGAUGAAAAUAAAAGAAGAGGAAAGUAACACUCCAGGCCUGGGAGUGUGAGUCUCCCCAUACUUUCCAAGUGCCACUUCACCUAUAGAGAAAGUAGCUAAGCUACAGUCCCUUCAAGAGGAUGGCAAGCCUUUCCAUCUAGCAGACAGCUUUGGUAAAAAGUAUACCAGCUAAAGUA